CUUGCGAUUGCGCACGUACAAACCUCAACUGAAACCAUAUCUUUGAACCUAGGUUGAACUCGCCAGCCUUCGCAGACUGGACGAGAUCCUAACCAUGUCCGAUUCUUUCGCCGAACUAUGGAAUUCAUCCGCGCCGAGCAAGCCUGCAGCACCUCCCAAAACCUCAGGCUCCAAAGUGAACACCAAUUUUCCUUCAAAUAACGCUGGACAUCGCCCACAGUACGAUGCCUUCUCUAUGUUGGCCUCUUCAUCGCCUGCAGGCUCCAGCCCUCGCGCUACCACACCUUCCACUACUCAGACAGUUCAACGAUCCGCCGCUAAAUCACCUAUAUCGACUUCCUCCGGUGGUGACGCAUUUAGCAGUCUGUUAUCUGGUUCUUUGUCCAAUGCCUCUGACAAUGCCAAACUCAGCAUCGCCGAGCGCGCUUCCAGAGCUGAGAAGCAGAGACAGGAGACCCUCCAGAAGCAGCAUCAGACGGUCAGGCAGCAGUCGGCAGCUUGGGCUGGCCUAGAUUCACUAGCGAAUAACUCUUCCUUCAGUCCACAAGCCUCCCAACAUUCUUCACCACAACCGCCGGAUGAUGGCUGGUUGUUCGGUUCCUCUCAGUCGUCCGCUGCACCCGCGUUACUGCCGAGCUCGAAACCUCCCCCCAGCGCCUCCGCUUCCACUCUCGAUCAUGAUGAUGACUGGGGUCUUGGUGACUUCGCCUCUCUGCCUUCGGAGAAACAACGCAAAGAAAACGCCCCUUCGCAGCCCGGUUCCCUCUGGGAGUUGGAAUCUUUUGCGUCAGACUCGCACAACGCUGCCGCUUCGUCUUCCGGACCACGACGAAAACCCAAGGUGCCGUCUCGGACGAAUUCACCGGGCGAUUUCGAUUUCGGCGACCGAGAACAAGGCCUUCUAGAUGAGGAUUCACAAGAUGAGGAUGAUAUUCUUGGUAAUUUGGCACGACCAGCGGAUUCUUUGAGGUCGAGUACAUCUCCACCCGCCCGACCUACCCCACCGAACGGCAAGCAGGGCAGAGCAUCGUCGCCUCCGCCGCAUAUCAUCGGACAGAUUGUCGAGAUGGGCUUCACCCCUCAGCAAGCUCGUGUGGCACUUGCCGCCACAGAAACGGGGGUUGAUGUCCAGGCAGCUUUGGAGACUCUCCUGUCGAAUGGUGCUGGAUCACCUUCUCCUCUAAAGCGCCCGCCAUCCAAUGGACAAGAUCGAUCACGUCCGAGACCGGACGAGCAAUUCCAGGACGACGAUGCUGGAGAUAGACCCGCCCGCCGCGACCCUCGUACACGCUCACGACCAUCACGGGAGUCACCUACGUCGCCACCGCCCGGUCAAGAAGUGAACUAUCAACAGCAAGCUGAUAAGUUACUCGCCCAAGCUAAUAUCAUCGGUUUGAGCGUCUUCAAUCGCGCGAACGCUCUGUUCAACCAAGGAAAGGAGAAGGUACAGAAGGCUUACGAAGAACGCGCAACGGCUUCACGAUCUACGUCCUCGUUGAAUUCGCGUGGACAGACAGACGGUAGACCGCGAUGGAUGCAAGAAGCCAUAGAGAGGGAAAGGGAUGAGAAUGCGCAUGAUAGAGCACCGCACGGAGAACCAUCUACCUUUCGGGACGACGACGAGGUUCUCCCCCCUAGACCAUCUCAGCGCGCGCGAGCCAAGCCCGAGGCAGCGUCUCGACCCGAAGUCAAGACAGCAGACCUCUUUAGCGAUGAUGCGCCAAAGGCGUAUGUUUCGCCUUUUCGAAGAGGUGGAGCCUCCCGAGGAGGACCAUCUGCGUCUUCAACCCCUACUUCCACUCCAGUCGCAGCGCCCGCCCCCCGACGUUCAUCUCCUGUGGCGCUGUCUCGACGGCAGACGAUUCCGGCCACGCCUUCUGCAAUAUCAGCAUCCAACAGACACAAAGCGUCGGGUACAGAAAUGUUCAAACUUGGACGAUAUGCAGAAGCCGAAACAGCAUACUCGGCAGCUCUAUCCCAACUCCCCGAUUCGCAUCUUCUGCAGAUUCCGCUACUCAAUAAUCGUGCGCUCACCCGCCUCAAGACUGGUGACACAUCCGGGACCAUUGAUGACUGUGCGACCGUCAUCAGGAUCAUAGGCCCCUCGUAUCAUCCCUCACGAGAAGCUAAGGUGGCGAAGGAGGAAGAAGGCGCCAGUGUCGAUCUUGCUGAUGCUCUCGUGAAGGCACGGAAGCGACGCGCGGAAGCAUACGAGGGGAAGGAGAAAUGGGAUCUUGCUCGCCAGGACUGGGAAGCCAUUGUUGCCCUCGACUUCGCGGGCAAAAUGCGGCACGAUGCUGUGACUGGGGCGAGCCGGUGUCGCAAGAUGGUCGCUGCCGCCCAAGCAUCGGGCGAAGGAUCUAUCAGCGCAGGCCCCUCGGCAAGCACGCCUCGAGUCGUGAAGCCGAAACCAACUCCGAAGAGACCUGCGCCUCGUCGUGGCCCUACCCCACCAUCCGAGGCAUUGAACAGACUGAAGCAGGCAAACGAAGCGGCGGAAGCGGAAGAUCAAGCACGGCACGAAAUGAAGGAUGCUAUCGAUGCGCGUCUGGGUACGUGGAAGAAUGGCAAGGAGACCAAUUUGCGUGCCCUCAUCGCAAGUUUGGACUCCGUGCUCUGGCCUGAACUGGGUUGGCAGAAAGUUGGGAUGGCUGAGCUCGUCACUCCGAAUCAAGUGAAGAUCAGAUACACGAAGGCUAUCGCGAAACUACAUCCUGACAAGUUAAACGUCAACAAUACGACUCUAGAGCAGAGGAUGAUCGCUAACGGGGUAUUCGGGACUUUGAACGAGGCUUGGAUUGCCUUCAAGCCCUAACAUGUUGAAACCUGGCACGGCAGUAUUUCGAUCCAUACCGUGUAUUUUUGUAGACGUCUGUGUUCGUAUAUACAGACCGA